AUGGUAGAGUCGUAUUUUUUAGCGAAAAGGCGGUAUCUCCUUCACCAAGGCCUCGAUCCCGAAAGGAUCAUUCACGCUGAUGAUGAUUGGCAGAAAGAAUCCGAGAUCUUGACGAAAAUGUUGGUGACAUAUGAGGAUGCUGUGAAUAUGCCGAGGUGUCUUGACUAUGUUUGUUGUCGGGACAUCGCAGUGCCUCUGGAAACUCCUUUAGGAGAUGAUGUCGAUAAGGUGCUGUGCCUCGGCGCCAACAUGGUGGAGACUCCCGCUUAUGCAGCUCAGAUCGUAGCCAAGCACCUCAGGAGGAACCCUUCAAGAGCGUUGACCCUCAUUUUAUCCGGCGGAAUUGGACGGCUAACGCCACUGUUGUGUGAAAACGCGAUUGCUUGGGCGGAAAAGGAAGGCCUAGCAGAACUUGUUUCUUGGCUACCCACUGGAGGUGUACCGUUUCAGAGUAAGUUGAAGGGGCUUGCGAAAACAGAAGAGUUGAAGCUGGUGAAAGAGAAGGACGCGAUCGAGUUUAGUCGCCAUGGCUACAAAUCGAGGGAUGAUCUCGAAGAGUAG